AUGGGGCAUGGCGGGACUCUGGACAGUGCAGCCUCUGGUGUGCUCGUUGUUGGGAUUGGAAAUGGAACAAAGAUGCUUAGUACUAUGCUGGCUGGUUCAAAGAAAUACAUGGCUGUUGGAGAGUUGGGAAAAGCAACAGACACCCUUGACGCCACAGGCAAUGUGGUUCAUGAGAAGCUCUAUGAUCACAUUACCAGGGAAGCCUUUGAGGAGAAGUUGAAGCAAUUCACAGGGGACGUCAUGCAGGUUCCUCCACUGUACUCUGCGCUGAAGAAGGAUGGCAAGCGUCUGUCUGUCCUGCUGAAACAAGGCCACGAGGUGGAAGCCAAACCUGCACGGCCGGUCACAGUGUAUAACCUGUCACUGCAGGACUUCACACCACCCCUCUUCACUCUUGACGUUGAAUGCGGUGGUGGAUUUUAUAUCAGAAGCUUGGUGGACGACCUGGGAAAAGCACUCUCGUCGUGUGCCCACGUGAGGAAGCUGAUCCGGACCAAACAGGGUCAGUUUACCCUUGACGCCCACACGCUGCGGGAGGAACACUGGACACUGCAGCACAUCGUUCAGGCCAUGCAGCCCUGUUCCGGGUCAGAGGUCACCAAGGAGGAUGGCACACGCCCAAACCUGGGGGUUAAAGUGAACGCCCAGGUGAAGGGGGAUAAGAAUGGUGAAGAUGAAAAAGGGCCGUUAUAA